CCAACGCCAUGAGUGUAGCCGACCAAGAAAAUUACGACUUUGGCGAUCGAGGUGGUCGCCUCUGCGAUUUCUGCAACGAAUCGAAAGCCCUGCUUUACUGCCGGGCUGACUCCGCAAGACUUUGUUUCAACUGCGAUAGGGAAGUACACUCCACUAACCCACUCUUCAAGAAACACAACCGCUCCCUUCUCUGCGAUUCCUGCAAUUCUUCGCCUUCUUCAAUUUUCUGCUGCUCUGAGUCCGCCGUGCUUUGUCAGAACUGCGACUGGGAGAACCACAACAACUUUAAGUCUAUUCAUGACCGAAGACCGAUUGAGGGGUUUAAUGGGUGCCCUUCUGUGAGUGAGUUGUUGAAUUUUCUUGGUUUGGAGGACUUGGGGAAGAAAAGUUUGGUUUUUGGUGGAGGGAACGAUGAGGGUUUUCUGGAUUUGUUGGUCUGGGAGACUCCUGCGGUUGUGAGUCUUGAUGAUUUGAUUGUUUCGAACAAUUCUGUGGAUUCUGGGCUUAGUUUUCAGGCUAUGGGGGUCCCUCCUUUGCCGAAGGUUUGUGCACUAUUUUUGGGCAAAAUUUGUUUUCUCAAGAUUAUGAUUUGUGUUUUCCCGUUUUCCAGUAAAAGGGGAUGUUGGGAUUGUACUUUAUGGUUCUUUCUGUACCUUUGGUUUAUUUGAUG